AUGGUGCUCACAUCGCAGGAGGGUGACAGGGGUGGCAGAGGUGCCCCGACCGCUUUGUGCUCAGAGAGGACGUGGCGGCUGUCCCAAAGGGGCAAGAAACAUCCGGACCCCCCUGGCUGCAACCCGUGGGGAAGUACCGACCUCCACCGCCAGUCCCAGAAGGAGCUGGGGGGGUCAGGUACCGGCUGCAGGGCUGGGGGCUCAGAGCGGGGCUGGGGCUGCCAGGAGCUAUUGGUGCUGCUCAGGGCUGUGUUUCUGCCCACGACCUUUUGCAACUGGUCCACGCAUGAGGGAGCAGUGACAGCCAGUGGGGCUGGGCUGGCUGGCCUUGCCCCAAAACCCAAACGGCAGAGCUGCGCCCCGAAGCCACCGCUGCCCCAUGACUGCUGUGGGGCAUCAAGGAUGGCUUGGCGGCAUCCACAGCCCCACGUGAGUCAGCGGCGUCGGUGUCACAUGAGGAGCUCGGUUGCGCCAGGCAGGAAGGGCGUGCGGAGGCGGGUGCAGCCGGGCUUUAAAAACCCCAGCUGGGACAGGCUCGCCUCUGCGCUGGCUCUCGGCCACCCUGCCGUCCCCAUGGCCCCCGCCGUGCCGCUGGUCCUGCUGGCCGUGGGGGCUGGGCUGGGGCUGGCCCUGCCCGGCUGUGACUACCCGACCCACCUCUGGUGCAGCUCACGGGAGAUCGCCGUUGCUUGCCAGGCAGAGAGCCACUGUGCCAAUCUCUCGCACCCAACAGCUGCUCCCGUGCAGCUGAGUCUAUACUAUGAGAGCCUGUGCCCGGCGUGUCGGGGCUUCCUGGUGCAGCAGCUCUUCACCACCUGGCUGCUGCUGCCCACCGAUGUCCUGAACAUCACCCUGGUGCCGUAUGGCAACGCUCAGGAGAAGAAGGUCUCUGGGAAGUGGCAGUUCCAGUGUCAGCACGGCUCAGAGGAGUGUUUGGGCAACAUGCUGCAAGCCUGCCUGAUGCACGAGGCCGAGAACUUCACCACCUAUUUUCCUGUCAUCUUCUGCAUGGAGUCGGGCUCCUCUGCCACCAAGAACCUGAAGGCUUGCCUGCAGGUGUACGCCCCGCAGCUGGAUGCAGGCCGCAUCACCGCCUGCGUGCAGGGGGGAUUGGGGACCGCCCUGAUGCACCGCAACGCCCAGCUGACGGACGCUCUCGACCCGCCGCACCAAUACGUCCCAUGGGUCGUCAUCAACGGGGAGGAGAUGGACCUGAAGGUGCUGCAGUUCAAGAACAAGAAGCUGGCAGAGCGUUUGGAGCAGCGUCAGGCUGUGGAGGAUGAGCUGAGGGAGAGGAUUGAGAAGCUGGAGAAGCGUCAGGCCACGGAUGAUGCCACCCUACUGCUGGUCAACAGAUACUGGGGGCAGGUGGGGGCCCGAAAUCCUGACCUUCUGAGCCCGAAAAUCCCAAACCAUGGCCCAAAAUGCCAAUGUUUUGCAACCAAAAUCCAGUAG